ACACAAACAUUGAGCCCGGCCCAGCUCCAGGCCCGCAAAUAACUGUCUCGUGACCAGAAAAAAGUGGGACCAGAGAAAAGGUGGGAAAGACAAGUGGCAGUUCUCGAUUGAAUUUCCCUCCUCUAUUCUCCCUCUCGCACGCCGAUCGAGGUCUGCCGUCGAAUCACCUCCGCUACCGGACACCGGUGAAAAGAACUCAAAUUACGCCCAAUCCAGUCUCAAUGGCGUCGAGCUCGACUCCCUCUGUGAGGGACCACGCCUCCGGAAGGCUCAAGAGGGCUGCUUCUACUCUCGCCGAGGAUACGCAGUCUCUCGUCAGCGAAAUCAAAAAAGCCUUCACAAUGGUGAAAAAUAUUGCAGUUGAUCUGGAAAGAGAGAAAGAAUCGACAAAGGUCAAGGAGCUUGAAACUCUAGCAGUUCAGUUGUCAGAAUCUUGUGAUAACUGUAUCCGUCAUGCAUCAGCAAUUCAUACUGUGGGAAAUGAAUAUCAGCCUACCUCAGAGUUAACUGAUUUCAAAAAGUUGCUUGAUGAGCAAUUUAUGAAGCUCAAGGCUAUGCCUUCACAGAAUGAUCGACUAAUCCGUCAAUUUCAGGAAGCUGUUUGGAAUGUUCAUCAUAAAGGUCAGCCAAUGCCGGGUGAGGAGGAGGAGGAUAUCGUGAUGACGAGCACCCAGUCCAACCUGCUGAAUGUGAAAUGUCCUUUAAGUGGCAAAAUGAUUACUGACCUAGCAGAACCAGUUAGAAGUAUGGACUGCAAGCACAUCUAUGAGAAGGAGGCCGUCAUCGCUUACUUACCCCGGAAUGGAAAUAAAAAACAAUGCUGCAUAGCAGGUUGUCCCAAGUUCCUGCAAGCCCAUAGGCUAGUAUGUGAUCCGUUUCUGCUGACUGAAAUUGACGAACUACGCUCAAUGAAUCAACAAACCGAACAGGCUCAAAACGUCGAAGAUUUCACUGGACUUGACGAUGAAGACUAGGACAUUGUAGAUGACUUUAUGAUUUGCAUUCCCAUGAACCAGAAGACGAUUUGGUACUAGUGCGACCUUUAGAAGUUGAAACACUUUUUCAUGUCAUCUGAUGUAAUUAAUUUAUACACUGAUCUGGACAAACAAGGAUGGAAAAGAAGAUUUGGACCAACAUCAGUGGCUUAACUUGUGGUUGCCAAAGUUCUGCAGAAAGCUUCAGUCUUGUACUGCAGCAGUUCUUGAGCAUGUUCAAGUUCAACUGGAAGGUAAUCUUACAUUGAACUGACUGGCAUUGUAAAAGAACAAUAGGGACUAUCACAGCAAAAGCUUGAACUCAGAAUACUUUUUAGAUGAUUGUUAAUGUUACCUUCUUCCGUUGUCAUUAGAUUAACACUUCA